GGGGGACACAUUUCUCCGGUGGAGCCUUUCACAGCGACAGUAAGAGAUGGGUGACUGGAGUUUCUUGGGGAACAUUUUAGAGCAGGUGAACGAGCAAUCCACUGUCAUCGGGAGAGUUUGGCUCACAGUGCUCUUCAUUUUCCGCAUCCUGAUCCUGGGAACGGCUGCCGAGCUAGUGUGGGGAGACGAACAGUCAGACUUUGUGUGCAACACUCAGCAACCUGGUUGUGAGAAUGUCUGCUAUGAUGAGGCCUUCCCCAUCUCCCACAUCCGGCUCUGGGUCCUGCAGAUCAUUUUUGUAUCCACGCCUUCGCUAAUGUACUUUGGGCAUGCAGUGCACCAUGUCCGCAUGGAGGAGAAGAGGAGAGAGAGGGAGGAAGCUGAGAGGCGUCAGCAAGCUGAGGUGGAUGAAGAGAAGCUGCCCCUGGCUCCAAAUCAAAACAAAGGCAACAACCCUGAUGGGACCAAGAAGUUUCGCCUGGAGGGUACCCUCCUGAGAACCUACAUCUUCCACAUAAUUUUCAAAACCCUCUUUGAGGUGGGAUUCAUAGUAGGUCAGUACUUCCUGUAUGGCUUCCGAAUUCUCCCCCUUUACCGCUGUGGGCGGUGGCCCUGUCCCAAUCUUGUGGACUGUUUUGUCUCCAGGCCCACGGAGAAGACCAUCUUUAUUAUGUUCAUGCUGGUAGUGGCUUCCGUGUCCCUCUUCCUCAACCUGGUGGAGAUCAGUCACUUGAUCUUGAAAAGGAUCCGGAGGGCUCUGAGAAGACCAGCAGAGGAAGCGCUGGGGGAGGUCCCAGAGAAGCCCGUCCAUGCCAUCGCAGUCCCCUCCAUUCCGAAGACCAAAGGCUACAAGCUGCUGGAAGAAGAGAAGCCAGUGUCCCACUAUUUCCCUCUCACAGAAGUAGGAGUUGAGCCCAGUCCCCUUCCAUCAGCCUUCAAUGAGUUUGAGGAGAAGAUUGGGAUGGGACCGUUGGAAGAUCUCUCCCGGGCAUUCGAUGAGAGGUUGCCAUCGUAUGCACAAGCAAAGGAACCGGAAGAGGAGAAGGUAAGAGCAGAGGAGGAGGAACAAGAAGAGGAGAAGCCAGGACCUCAGGAAGAGCCAGGGGUGAAGAAAGCAGAGGAGGAGGUGGUGAGUGAUGAAGUUGAAGGGCCUUCAGCACCUGCUGAGCUCAACGCUGAUAUGAGACCCCUCAGCAGGCUAAGUAAAGCCAGCAGCCGGGCCAGGUCAGAUGAUUUGACUGUAUGAAGGUGCAGGAUAUGGGCAGCACAUGAAAAGGAAAAGGUUGAAAAGAAAAGGAGAGAUAGAGAAAGAAUCAAAAGAUAUUUUUAAGCAAAGUGCUAAAAUGGCCAUUUGAAUAUUAUCUCCUCUUGAGAUUCUCAACUGGAAAGGUACUAUCAUGGUAACUGUGCCUUAUUUGCCCUGUAUGUCCAUUUGAAAAGGAACAUUUUCCCUGUUUCCACAUGCC